AUGGCUCCAUUUAGAGGAGGCCGAGGAGGCCGAGGAGGUCGAGGAAGUCGAGGAGGUCAGAGAGGCGGUCAAAGAGGCGGCCAACGAGGCGGCGCAAGAGGAGGCAAGCUUGCGAGGAGCGGCAUCCGGACAAGAGCAGGUUACCGCAAGUUUGACAGCCAGCGAGUGCAGGAUGUUGAGCCCUCAGACAACGUGGUCGAUGCCGACGAUGACGAGGAUACCGCCGACCCCUUCCAGGUCCAUUUUGCGCAUCCGGACGACAACGAGCUGUCUAGACGUCUGAAAGAUGUCCAAGCUCAAACGUGGAAGCCAGACAAGCAAGCAUACCCGGGCGUGGGCAAUUUGACGAUCAUGGUGCCGGAAAGCCACCAAAGCACGGCCAUUCGAAAGGCAAAUCUGCUUACAACAAAUGCCCUUCCAUUGAAGCAGCGCCUGAUCCCAGCCGCACAAGCAGGCUUGGGCCAGCUUGAUCUCUUGCAACAAGCAGUCGCCCCAUACAUGUUCAACUACAUGGAUGUCAUGCUGGGAAAUCGAACGCCCCAGAAUGCAACGAGGCUUAGGAAGCUGGCGUGCUUGCAUGUGUUGAAUCACGUCCUCAAAGGCCGUGAUAAGAUAUUGAAGAACAACGCCCGGAUGAAUCAUAACGAUCAACAGCAAGAGCUAGAUCUUCGCGACCAAGGCUUCACGCGGCCCAAAGUACUCAUCUUGCUGGAAACGCGACAGAUGUGCUUCAAAUACGCCGAAAGCAUCGUGGACCUUUUCAAGCCGGAACAGCAAGAAAACAAGCUGCGAUUUGAAACGGCCUUUGCAUCGGAAAUUGAGGACCGGGAAAACAUGCCUGAAGACUUCCGUGAGCUUUUUGAAGGUAACAAUGAUAACAACUUCAUGACGGCCUUGAAGUUCACCCGCAAAACGAUCAAAUUCUAUUCCCCCUUCUACGGCUCCGAUAUCAUCCUGGCCUCGCCUCUCGGUCUGCGCCGCAUCCUCGAGAAUGAAGACGUCAAGAAGCGGGAUGCCGACUUUCUGUCGUCCAUCGAGGUGGUGGUCGUGGAUCAAGCAGAUGCGAUGCAGAUGCAAAAUUGGGAGAAUGUCGAGUCCGUCUUCCGCCAUAUCAACGGUCCGCUUCAAGAAGCGCACGGCUGCGAUUUCAGCCGGGUGCGAUCUUGGUGUCUCGAUGGGCACGCGAAGCACCUACGGCAAACGCUCGUCUUUAGCGCAUACAUCACACCCGAGAUGAACAGAUUGUUCAAUGGCAAUAUGUUGAACGUCGCCGGAAAAGCCAAGCUGGUCCCUUCUUAUACAGAAGGAGCGAUAGCAACGACCGGCGGCCUCUCCAUCAAGCAAACCUUUUCUCGCUUCGACGCCUCCGCGGCUGCGACAGACCCCGACGCCCGGUUCCAGUUUUUCACCACCACCGUCUUGCCUACGCUCCUGCGACUGCCCAAACCAGCGGAUGGAGCGAAGGGGAUACUGAUCUUCAUCCCUUCGUACUACGACUUCCUGCGUCUGCGCAACUUCUUCGCCACCAGCACACUCACCGCCAAUCUCUCCUUUGGCGCGAUUCACGACUACUCCGACGUAUCAUCGCAGCGGCGUGCUCGCUCUCACUUCCUCAGCGGCCGACACAGCAUUCUGGUCUACACGCAACGAGCGCACCACUUCUAUCGUUUGAAGGUGAGGGGCGUGAAGCGAGUGGUGAUGUACGGAGUUCCGGAUGAUGCGCGCUUCUACGAGGAAGUGGUGGGAGGGUUUUUGGGGACGAGUGUGGAGGAGGGUAGGGUGGGGGUGGAGGAGACGGGAUCGCGAGUGGUGUUUUCGCGGUGGGAUGCGUUGAAGCUGGAACGUGUUGUGGGGAGUGGAAGGGUGAAGAAGAUGAUUGCUGGCAAGGGAGAUGUGUUUGAUUUUGUUUGA